GGUCUCACACAUGCUAGGCGAGCGCUCUACGGCUGAGCCAGGAUCCCAGCCCCAGAGUAAGUUUUUAAAAACAUAAUUUGAUAUUAAAUAAGAGUAAGCUUCAGCUAGGCACAGUGAUGCACACCUGUAAUCCCAGCGGCUGGGGAGGCUUAAGCAGGAGGAUUGUGAGUUCAAAGCCAGCCUCAGCAAAAGUGGCAUUAAGCAACUCAGUGAGAUCCUAAAUAAAACAUAAAAUAGGGCUGGGGAUGUGGAUCAGUGGUUGAGUGUUCCUGAGUUCAAUCCCUAGUACAAAAAAAAAAAAAAAACUUCAUUAGCUUUUCUUCCCAUUCCCCCAUGUUCAUGUAAUUAACUCCCUCUCAUUCUUCCUGAGUCAAACACCACCUGAAUCUUCCCUGAUCCCCAAAUUUGAACUAAGCUUCCCUGCUUUUCUCUCAUAAAAUUUUAUACUUUUCUUUCAUAGUUUAAUCACAAUUAAACUCCAGAAGGGCAAAGUCAAGCUCAGUCCUGAUGCUCAGUGAACAUUCGUCGAAUAAAAUGAAUGUACGUCAGAGAACUCUACCCUGUUUAAUAGGAGUGGUUUUCAAUCUCCAUUUAAAUAAGGAUGUUAUUACAUUUAGGAGUCCAAAUAGGUGCUUUAGGUAUUGCAGCCCACUGAGCCUUCAGUUUUCAUCCCAAUAACCUAUGCUCUUAGCAGUAACCCUAACGUCCACAGACCAAAUAAACAGCUUUGUGACUUGGACAUUAAACGUGGUCACGUUUUCGCCUCCUGCCCGGAAUGACACCGUAGUUCAUUAGCUCCAUUCAGGCCUGCCAAGUGCGCCCCCUUCCCCUCCUAGAACCGGGGCUCCCACACCUGUGCUCGAACCUUCCGUACAGCAUGGCGGCUCCCAAAGUCGCGGCGCGGGACAGACUCUUCCGCACAUCAGGGCCGCCUACGGAAAGCGACUUGCAACCCCGCCCGCCCAGCUCCCGGAAGUUUCCAUUUGAAACCGAGGCGGCAGACCCGACCGGCUGCUUGGCCGUUGCUGCUGAGCCUCUUCUGAACAACAGCGACAAGGACUGCGAGCGGGAGCGGCUAGCGUCUGAGGCCUAGCCGUGCCGCCUCCUUACGAUGACCAGUGUGGUUAAGACAGUGUGCAGCGUGCAGCCCCCGUCUGUGCUGAGCGGCGGCCUGUCGGCAGAUACACAAACUCGAGCUACUACCAAGAGUCUGUUACCUAUUAAGUCCAAAGAAGUCGAUGUUUCCAGACAUCUUUAUUCAGGAGGUUCAGAUAAUGAUAUUACAAAAAUCACCAAACCAAAGCGAGAGAAUGGGCAGAUGAAGGCUGCAGAGACUGCCAUCAAGAGGAACAUGAAGAAGAGCUACAAACCAUUGAGUAAGCAAAAAUCAGAGGAAGAGCUCAAGGAUAAAAAUCAGCUAUUAGAGGCUGUCAACAAGCAGCUGCACCAGAAGUUGACUGAGACUCAGGGAGAGCUGAAGGACCUGACUCAGAAGGUGGAGCUGCUGGAGAAGUUUCAGGACAAUUGUUUAGCGAUUUUAGAGAGCAAGGGCCUCAACCCAGGCAGUGAGACCCUGGCAUCACAGCCGGAACCUACUCUGGAUCACACAGACUCUAUGUUGCUGUUAGAAACUUUGCAAGAUGAAUUGAAACUUUUUAAUGAAACUGCCAAGAAGCAGAUGGAGGAGUUACAGGCCUUAAAGGUAAAGUUGAAGAUGAAAGAAGAAGAAAGGGUUCGAUUUCUAGAACAGCAAACCUUAUGUAAUGGUCAAGUCAAUGAUUUUAAAACAGCCCUGGAGGAAAUGGAGCAGCUAUUAGAAAUGUAAUAAAAGACAAGUGGCCAGAUGGCUCCCUGUUGGGGAUAAAAUUCUCAGAGGAAGUCACUUAAGACAUCUUCGUGGCCAUGAUCUUCUAAGACUUAUAAUCCCCAGAGUGAAAACAGUUUCUGCAGUAGGAUUAAGGGCAGAUUAUGCUGGAAUGGAGGUUCUUCCUUUAAACAGCUUUCCCCACCUUCAGAUUGGUCAACUCUCCUGAGCAUCACAUGUAGAUAAUGGAGGCCUAUAAGAAUGGACCUGGAAGCUUGACUCAACCUUGUAGGCAACAAAGCAGCACACCAUUAGAAUCAGGAGACUAAAGCAGCCACAACCAGAGACUCUAGCAGGUCACAUUCAGGUUUACAGGAAGAAAUCCUUAUUUUUACAGUAGAGCACAGGAGCUCCCUGAGGCAUCACUGAUGAGCUGUGCUGUUCUCUCUUAGAACACACACUGUUCCAUCCUGGUUGGGCUUUUAUACGUCAUUGUUAAUUUGUGAACUUGAAGUUUUUGGCUUAACAAAUGGGGUGAUGGUAGAGAUAGGAAUAACACCUACCUGAAACAAUACAUCUUGGAGCUUUUAAUCUAAAUCACAUCUGCUUUUUUUUUUUAAGUACUACUUUGGAAAUAAAUAUUUAUAUAAAUAUUCUGACUGUAUAUUCUGAGGAAUGAAAAUAGCUUUAACCUAAACAUGUCAACUGAACAUUAUUAUAAUAAGUUCAAGAUUUUUUAAAAAAUUUUUUCAAUUAUAGAUGAACAGAAUGCCUUUCUUUUAUUUGUUUUUUAUGUGGUGCUGAGGAUUGAACCCAGUGCCUCACAUGUGCUAGGCAAGUGCUCUAUUGCUGAACUACAACCUCAGUCCAAGUUUGGGAUAUUUUGAUUUACCCAGAAUAUUUUUCUUCCACUCACUGAGCACUCACUCUAGCCCUCUGCCUUCAGGACCAAUGAGUGGUUCCCCCAUUUGUACCAAGGGUGAUAGGCUCCAUUGACCUGGCUUGUGCCAGUGUUCUCCCUGUACACCUGCUGCUUGCCUGGCACAGCUAACCCUGAGCCCAGUCCCUGUCCCACAGAUCAUACAGUUUGUUGCCCAAAGUCCACAAUAGACUCCCCUCAAGUUUAUCAAAGGCACAGCCAAAUUUCCUGCUUAGUCAAAGUAGACUUUUUUCAGCCAUCUCCCAUUCUUUCUGCACCUCCUAAUUUCAUCCCCCAAAUCCCCUACUCUUAAGCAUCUUUAAGUCGUCCCAGAGCCCUCCAGUAAAGCCAAGUAACAAGUCACCCUAGCUUAAAGGGCUACAAUUAUUUGCCCUCGCAUAAUUGUUUAUGUCUCAUAUUUUGAGGAGUGGACCUCAUCAAUGAGAAAGGCUAAAAAUUUCCUUCUACCCACUUUCAGGAUAUUUAUAAUUUAAAAGAUUAUUUACCCAAAUUUAUAAUUGGUAUUUCUUUUUUUGUGGGGGGCGGGGGAGGAGUUACCAGGGCUUGACCUCAGGGGCACUCAACCACUGGGCCACAUCCCCAGCCCUGUUUUGUAUUUUUUUAUUUAGAGACAGGGUCUCGCUCAGUUGCUUCAUGCCUUGCCAUUGCUGAGGCUGGCUUUGAACUUGGGAUCCUCCUGCCUCACCAACCCCACCCCCACCCCCUUCACUGGGACUAAAGGCAUAUGCCACUGCACCAGGCUGUAAUUGGUAUUUCUGACAAAAAUAAAAGCAUGGUUGGAAGGA